UAGAGGAAGAGUCAUCUACUAUAAACACUGAUGCAGUGAGGCUUGUUUUCUUAUACAAAGAAUCAUAAUAGAUGCAUUACUAACAACAGGGACGUAAUAACAUUCAUAAGGAAUCAUUUUCUUACCCUCUUGUCAUUCCAAAUCUGUAUGACUUUGUAUGUCUUUUAUAUCACCGUAUUGCUGCGAAUAAAUUUGUAUUAUCACAUGGCUUUUAUCACAAACAAACAGAAGGAGAACGUGCUAAACAUAGUUGGGAAAAGUAAUCGAUAGAUGAAAAAAAUAUAUAUACAAAAACAUGGGAAAAAUAGGUACUGUUGGACAAAUUCAUUCUUCAGUCCCAGAAGAAGGAGAGCCUCCUUUGAAAAAGCACAGAGCUCAGAGACCAAAUGAACUGGGGGAAGAGUCUGCAAAUGGAGAUAAGAUGCAGCAACCACCAAAAGCAAACUUAGCAAGCAUCUCAGAGCAUGAAGAAGAUGAUAACAGCAAUGCACAGCUUGAAGAAGACAGUGUGGAUCACAACAGAGCAGCAGAGGUUCAAGGUGUCGGUACGUCCCUGAAAGUGACCAUCCAGCGUAGCAGUGAGAGUCGAGCCUUCAGCACUUCACCUGAAGAGAUGGCAGCAGGUGCAGGCCAUGAGGGCGAGAAAGAGAGAAGCAAACACACAGUUAAAUUCACCUGCUAUAUUUGCAACGUCACCUGUCCUGACCAGCAAGGCUUCCAGACUCACAUGACGAGUUUAGAUCAUCAGCAGCGUAUGAUGGAAAUCCAGCAUCUGAGCAACACCCGUCUGGCCACAUUGUUACCCCACACCCAGGAGUGCCUGCAGGGCACAAACAGAGAAAGGAGGAUGGGUCAUCAGCGCUGGUGUCCAACCUGCCAGUGUCAUUUUUCUGGUGAUCUCAUCGAGCACAGGCGAACUAAAAAACACAAGAUGGCAAAAGUGUCCUCAAGACCUUUCUGUACCCUUUGCGAGCGCCACUUUAGGACUCCUCGCAAGUUUGUUGAACAUAUGAAGUCUCCCGAGCACAAACAGAGGGUUGAGGAGUUAAGAAAUGAGGGUGGCCCAGAGGUUAUGGAGGAGCUCAUAACAGUGGAUGCUAUUGGCUGUUUCGAAGGGGAAGAUGAUUAUGAGGAGGAUAGAAAUGAAGAUGAUGUUGCAGUGUUUGAGAAGCAUCCUGCUCAUAGGGAUAUGGCUCUUGAAGAGACAACUGAGGCAUAUGAUCCAGACACACAAUAUGGCACUAGUUUUGUGGUCCCUGUCGCUGGUUUCCUCUGUAAGCUGUGUCAUAAAUUCUACCACUUUGAGUCAUCUGCACGGGAAACUCACUGCAGGUCUCUAAUGCACUUCCAGAACUUACAGAAGCACAACGCCCUGAAGAUGCAGAAAAAGGCACCUCAGGAUGAAUGUGAGAGUGAUGCGUCAUGUAGCAGCCCGACGAGCGGCCCUCGAGGCCUGGAUCUCAUUGCUUCCUGUGGAAAUGACAGCAGCCAAGCAGAUCUCAACAGACCAUGCAUCAAUUUCUUGAGAGAGCGCUUACACUUGAGGAAGCUUAAGUCAUCUAAAAGACCUCACAAAUCCAAGUCUCUACGCUCAAAAAACUCUGUAGCUCCACAGAAGCCUGCCGUGGUCAUGAAGCACUUAAUAUGUCCUACACACCGUGGCUCAGAGUCAAGCCAAGAGUCACCCUGCCAAGAAAGCAACAGGCCUGACUCAAGUGUUCAACUAAAGCACACAAAAUCUGUUUCCAGUGAAAAAGACAAGACUUCCUGUGACCCUGUGCAUUACUCAGAAGAGCAAGAAAAUUUGAGCUCAUCACCCACAUGCAGUUUGCAUCAUGCAUCACAGUUGAACUCAGAGGAGAACACAGUCGAGGUUAAAGAUACUGUCGGCAAAGACCAAACAAGAAAACAAUCCCAUGUUCAUAGGAGUUCAUCAAGUGUUUCUGUGAAAUCUGUGAAGAACCUGAAAGAAAAUACUACUUAAAAAAAAAAAAAAAAAACUACAAUAAA